AUGCUUCGUUUCGACAACAAGAUCAUUUUCAUCACCGGUGUCGGCUCCAGCGGCGCCGGCAUUGGCAAUGGCAGAGCAAGCGCCAUACUGUUCGCGCGACAAGGGGGCACUAUCUAUGGUGUGGAUCUAAAUCUCACCGCGGCGGAGGAGACGCGCUCUUACAUCCUCUCUGAAAAUCCCCAGAUCGCAGACCGCAUCACCGUCUCGCAGUGCGAUGUCACCUCGGCAACGGAUGUGAACAGAGAGGUGGGGAAGUGCGUGGAGAAGUAUGGACGGAUAGAUGUGCUGGUGAACAACGUCGGUCUCUCCGCACCGGGAUCGGCGGAAAACAUGCCGGAAGAAGUCUGGGACAAGCAGAUGGCGGUCAACAUGAAGAGCGUCUUCUUGUGCUGCAAAGCUGUGAUCAAAGUAAUGUUGAAACAACAACCAAUGGGUGGCGCAAUCGUGAAUCUCUCCUCUAUCGCGGGCAUACGAUCUUUAAGCACAAACCAUAUCGCCUAUGCCUCGUCCAAAGCGGCCGUCAUCCAGUUCAGCAAGUCCACAGCCAUUGCCCACGCCUCCCAAAACAUCAGAGUCAACACGGUGGUGCCGGGGCUGAUGAACACGCCGCUCGUGCAGAGCAGACUGUUAAAGCACCUGCCUCCGGGUGUGACGGAGGAGGAAUUGAAAAGGAGCCGGGAUGCGAAGGUGCCCCUGGGGAAAAUGGGAGACGCGUGGGAUGUGGCACAUGCGGUCCUCUACCUGGCCAGUUCAGAAGCAAAGUAUAUAACAGGAAGCGAGAUCGUGGUGGACGGAGGAGUCUCGUGUGGGGCGAUAGAGCAGGCGAGGCUGUAG